UGCGCAUUGUGUGCUGUCAUCUUGGCGCAGCAGCCUGAUCAGGGCAGGGAAAUACUUUCUGUCAUCACCGCAGUCUCACAGAUAGUGACUGUAGCAAACAAUGGGGAACAGAGACGACGAGUACGACUUCUUGUUUAAAGUCGUUCUAAUCGGAGACUCUGGAGUGGGGAAGAGUAACCUGCUGUCCCGUUUCACAAGAAAUGAGUUCAACCUGGAGAGCAAGAGCACCAUUGGGGUGGAGUUCGCCACCCGCAGCAUCCAGGUGGACGGCAAGACAAUAAAGGCUCAAAUCUGGGACACGGCUGGACAGGAACGAUACAGAGCAAUCACCUCAGCGUAUUACCGAGGUGCAGUUGGAGCUCUCCUGGUUUACGACAUCGCCAAGCACCUGACAUACGAGAACAUUGAGCGAUGGCUGAAGGAGCUGAGGGACCACGCUGACAACAACAUCGUCAUCAUGCAGGUUGGAAACAAGAGCGACCUCCGUCACCUCAGGGCGGUGCCCACUGACGAGGCUCGAGCCUUCGCAGAAAAAAACACUCUCUCAUUUAUUGAGACAUCCGCGUUGGACUCCACAAAUGUAGAAGAAGCAUUCAAGAACAUUUUAACAGGUAGGAAGAGCUGUGCUCAUAUAUAUAUA